AUGCUGCAGCUGAUCCACUUAUUAAAGGGUCUUGUGCGAUGCAGUUGGAGCACAUGUUUGCAGGCCGGACAACAUUGUGAAGGGGCUGCAGGUUCAUCCACUGAGGUGCUUCAUUACUUUUGCAAUCGUCUGUACCGAAAUCGCAUGGAAGAGGACAACGCUCAUGAUAUCUUCAAAUGGUUCAUCACAUUAUCAGGAUCAAAGAAAGCGAUCAUCUCGGUCACCUUCCGGGAGGAAACUUUCAAUGCAGAGUUGAUUCUGUAUGGAAACAUGCUAAGUUGCGCCUCCACAGAAGACGCCAAAGUGCCCCUUAUAUUUGUGAUUGAAGGAGCUACCGUGCAGAAGCUAGAUUCAGAGGAGUCUCCGUUUGCAUGUGGUGUGACUUUCCCUGAUUCAAACGAUAAUCUCAUUUUACGAUUCGAUUCCGAAAAAAUGAGAGAAUCGUGGAUGAUCAAGAUGGCGACAUGCUCUCACCAGAUGGCACGAGCCCAACUCGAUGAGAUAGCGUAUAAAUUCUAUACGAUGGGAACAAAGCAUGACUCGGGCACGGACUGCUCCUAUAGCACCGCCCAUAGUUUCUACCUUACAAACCCUUACAAACAAAACAACCUUCCUUCGCGACGAGUUGCUUUUGAAGAAAUUAUGUCAGAGUCUAAGCUGUCCAUUGUUUUGCCUGUGGAGCUUGUGAAGCUGUACAAGAAAUGGAUCAUAGAGUUCUCCUGCCUUCUUGAAUCUCGUCAACAUCAGUGGCCACUCUUUGCUAUUCCUUAUCUAUACGAUGUAUUGAGAGAAAUCAGAGCUAACACUGAAACAUUGGAACAGUGUUCUGAAUUUCUGGAGAACUAUUCCGUCAGUAAGGGUUCAAGCUGCCCUUUUGUUACCGAUCUACUUAUUAAUGCUUCUCUAUCCCAUGAGGUCAUGACACUUCUAGGUCCUUCGUUCGAUCAACCCAGAAAAGAUUCGUUGUUGCGUUUGCGCUCGUCCGAUAACCUGCAUGUACAUCAAUCUACAGUCGAUAAUAGGGUUACUCGAGAGGUUUUAAGCUGUGGUACCACUUCUGCUUUACCUCUCCGCUUCCAGGUUUUUGAACGUUUCAAGGAUAUCGCCGACAGCAUAGCAGAGCUGGAUGAAUACGCUGAAAUUCUUGCUGACGAGGAGAAUCGAAGAGUGUCCCUGGGUCAAAAUAUGGAUACGAUUGAUGCCAUGGUGAUAAGUCUGACUACGAAAGUGGCCGUUAUGGAUAAAAUCAACGAAGAGCAGGGUAAGAGUGAAAUCUACGAAAAGACAGUACGAGAAGCUAUUUGUCUCUGCUUCGAUAUGUUACUAGCACUGGCAGACUCUGUUUUGGAAUCACAGCUGUUCGGUCUAGUGGUAGAAACCCACAAGAGCUCGACGUCCCAUCUCUAUUUUCACGUGCAGCUACGAUCUGACUUUAUUCUAUCCCAAGCAAUCACCAUCGCUGCUACGGCUGUUCUCAAUACCGUCUAUCGAGGCUGGCCCAUUGCUGAUGGUUCGUUGUGGAAGAUUAUUUAA